AUGCCUGCGCGCAAGGGCUGGUGUGGACUGCACCUGGAGAGGAGCCGGCGGCGCCGUGCCGGCGGCCUCGGCCCGGGGCCGACAGUUCCGCAGAGCCCGCUGCCUUCCAGGGUGGUGCUGAGCCGUGCCCUGGAGAGCGGCAGCAGCGCUUCAGGCGGUGCCUGGGCAGCUAUGACGGUGCGACGGGGUCCUGUGCCAGCUACAGCAAAAAGAUUCCUUUCAAUCAUUCAGCUUUCAACUAAAGGCCCUUGAUCCAUAUGGCCUGCAUUUGCAGCUGGACAGAGAGUGCUAAGGAAUCACAAACCCUGAUGCACCCCAAAGGAGAGACAGUCUAGCAAUAAAUAGGCCCUUCUUAGCAUUCCAAAGCCACCAUACUUGGAGCAAAUGGAGUCCUACUUAAAGAAGGAGCUGCAGGCUCUUGACUGGACUAAAGAGAACGUUCAGGAACUGAAGUUACAGGUCUGAUACAAGAGAGUCUUUGAAUUCUUCAUAGACAGCUUCAAGACCUAUAAGCCCUUGCUGUCCGCUAUAAGGAAUGAAUAUGAAGUUACUUUGGUACAGAUAACAGCUCACCUGCCUGGCCAAGGAAGCAGAGAUCUAAUCCAACAGCUCUUGGCCACGGAAACAAGGGCUCACUUCCCAGUCCUGAUGGUGCCCUCCCUCUGCUUAGGACUACACCAGCUCUGGCACUCACUAGAUACUGGAAAAGGUGACAACAUUCCUGUGUACCUGAGGCAUGAAGGUGAAGUCAGGAACAGAAAGCUGACUAAGAAGGAUGUGAUGAACAUCCUAAAGGAUGUCUGGAAGGAGAAAAUUGCACGAGAACAGCAGACAGGGAAACAAUCCGGUCUGCCCGAGUUCUUUCUCAGCUACCUCCAGAAGCAGUGUGGAGAUGCUGCCACCAUGGAAUGGUCUUAUACCCCCUUUGAGAAUAUGCGGCUCUGUCAAUCAAACCACAUUCUGAGCUCAACCUCCGCUGUACUCAUCGGGCACGUAGGCAACCCACAGCCCAGUGCUGCUCUGCCCAGACAGCCCUGGUGGCACUGGCAGCAGGCAAGGGCAGUGUUCACUGCAAAGCAGUUUCACCUCCCAUUCCUCCCCCUGGGAAGCUUAAAUACUCCUUUCACCUACCACAGCACAGCAGUAACUGACUUGUUUUUAAACAGGGAGGUGAUGGCAGAUGAUCUGAAAACUGCCUUCUGCACAAUCGAUCCUGGUAUUGAUGAUCAGACGCUGGAUACCUACAUCGGCCUGGCUUAUCAGGUCCGAACAGAUGAGCCAGCCCAAAAAGUUGUGCCUGUGGAAACUGUCCUUGAGAGACUGACUGUUGGAGUUGUGAGAUGACUAGAGCUCUCACCCGGGGUGGGAAGCAUGACAGGCUUUGAA